GGGCCCCUCCCAAUUUCCCUCGGCUUCCACCUCCCUGCGGGUGGCCGCAGCCCCUGUCCGGGGACCUGUGCCAAUGACCCUAGUGGCGGUUUCGCUUUCUCCCCUCGCGGCGGUGUGAACGUGUGUCCACAGCGUGAUGGGCAACCAGGUGGAGAAACUGACCCACCUAAGUUACAAGGAAGUUCCAACGGCCGACCCUACUGGUGUGGACCGGGACGACGGUCCCCGCAUCGGUGUCUCUUAUAUCUUUUCCAAUGACGACGAGGACGUGGAGCCACAGCCACCGCCCCAAGGGCCGGAUGGCGGUGGUUUGCCUGACUGUGGGGAGCGGCCGCCGCUACCCCCGCCGCAGCCUUACGACCCGCGGCUACACGAGGUAGAGUGCUCAGUGUUCUAUCGCGACGAGUGCAUCUACCAGAAAAGCUUUGCGCCGGGCUCGGCGGCGCUGAGCACUUACACACCGGAGAACCUGCUCAACAAGUGCAAUCCAGGCGACCUGGUGGAGUUUGUGUCUCAGGCGCAGUACCCGCACUGGGCGGUAUACGUGGGCAACUUCCAGGUGGUCCACCUGCACCGGCUGGAGGUGAGCAACAGCUUUCUGACUGACGCGAGCCAGGGCCGACGCGGCCGUGUGGUCAACGAUCUGUACCGCUACAAGCCUCUGAGCCCCAGUACCGUGGUGCGCAACGCGCUGGCGCACGUGGGCGCCAAGGAGCGCGAGCUCAGCUGGCGCAACUCAGAGAGCUUUGCCGCCUGGUGCCGCUAUGGCAAGCGCGAGUUCAAGAUCGGCGGCGAGCUGCGCAUCGGCAAGCAGCCCUACCGCUUGCAGAUUCAGCUCUCGGCUCAGCGCAGCCACACGCUGGAGUUCCAGAGCCUGGAGGACUUGAUCAUGGAGAAGCGGCGUAACGACCAGAUCGGACGCGCGGCGGUUCUGCAGGAGCUCGCCAUGCACCUGCACCCAGCGGAGCCUGACGAGGGCGACAGCGAUGUGGCGCGGACUACGCCGCCUCCCAGGCCCACCCCUUCACCAGGCUUGGAGGGGGAGGAUGGAGAGGCAGUGGCACACUGACGGGCGAGUGGAGGGCAGCGCUGCAAGAGGGAGCUAUUUGCAGUAGCUGCUGCCCCUUUUCAUCUCCUCUUCCUCCCUUCCUCCCUCCUUCCUCUGCCGCCACUUGGGCCCCACUGGGAUUCCUGGGCCCUUUGGAAAAUGGAGAGUUGGAGAAAUACGCAGCCGGCUGUGAACAGGGAAGGAGGAAGGGAACAGAGGGAGCAGGUAGGAGUACUUUUGAGUGGAUAGUAUUUCCUUCCAGGCCCCCUCAGGCUUGUCUUCCUUUCUGUUGUGGGAUGAACUGAACGAUAAGACUUGCUUAAUCUGGGUUCAGAAUCGACCCUUAAACACGCAAGGUUGGAGAAAAGUUCAGAGUACCUAUCAGAGCCCUGCCAUUGCCUCUGCUUCCCCGUCUACACUGAGCUCAGAGCAUGCCUGGUACAAAGGCCAGAGGGGGGUUGGGGAGGCGCCACCAUGGCCAGCGCCUAGAGCUGCUUUUCAUCUUCCCCCGCUGAGCUGUGAGUGGGAUCCAGAAGGCUGGUGUGAUUUAUUUUAUGGGAUUCCUGGGGCGCUAGGCUGGUGAAACCAUGACGUGGUCUGUGACCAUCAGACCAAAACCAAGCAGCCCCCUAUUAAGUGUAACAAAUAGUUGAACAAACUACCUCCCUUCUCCAUCCUCAAGUAAUUCGUCUUCCGGAGCUUAGUCUCUUGCUCCACCCGCCCCUUUCCAGGUUACAAGUAAAUCAUUGUCAAGGGCCAGUCAGGGGAAGGAUUCAAUUAAGGUUCAGUUCUGCGCCUUUGUUUUUCUGCCUGCUGUUGUAGGCACUUAGAGCUGCAGUUAUUUGUUAGCAAAGGAGAGAAUAGCCCUUUGUGUCUGUGAUCUAAUUAAACCUGCUUUUGCUGGUCCACAGGUCACAGAUGGGGUUGGCUUGUGCCACCCCAUAAAGUAUCCACUAGGGAAGCAGCUGAACGGUGCUGCCCUGGCAAGAAUUAGUUAAUUUCCUCUUUGACUUCCUUCCUGCCCUUUCAAAAAUAGCUUUGGUGGUGAUCCUGUGAUUUUUCUUCCUUUUUAAAAAAUUUUCCUCUCACUGGCCCAUCUCCCUCACCUUCUCUCCUGUUCUGCUGCUGGUGGUAAAAUCUUGGGCUUGAGACCUGUUUCAUUAGGAGGAUACUUAUUUUGCCAGCCACACUUGAUGCAUUUUAAUUCAAGGGGCAAAGUCUUAUUAAUACUGCGACAGUCUCCUUGUUGCUUGGAGAGCACCCCUUCAGAGCUUUUGCAGUUAAGAGGGGUGACCUCCAUUACAGAUGCCACCUGGUGUAGUCAGCACAGAAUCUGAUGACAGCCCUAAAACAUAGGUUGGUAGCUAUGGCACCUGGUAGUGGCAGCCUAACAGCUGGAAUAGAGCCCUACUUGAGUAAUCCACAACCACCUUUUCAUCCUUGGGCUUUUUGCUUGGAGAGCUCUAAAUCAAGGCAGUGAGACUUAAGGAUUUUCUUGUCUGCUUCCUUUUUUCAGACAUAGAAGUUGAGGCCAUAAUUUUUAAAUGCCCAGAUCUUCUUAUAUCCCACCAUGAAACCUUUCUGUCAUAGGGCAUUAGCUGUGCUCCUAAUUUAACAAUGAUCACCAAACAGGUCCUGUUCCUUUGAUUGUUAAAAGUGAACCACACUCUAGCCCUGCUUGACUUUGAAGGAAAACCAGUCUCCCUUGGAAAUGGAGGUCUAGUUUUCAUGUUUAAUACUCACAGCUUUGCAUUCAUAUUCUCUCGCUCAUGGAAGAGCAGUACAAGUUAAAAUUGGGUGAAGACAUUUAGGAGAAUUUAUAUCUAACAGAUGGGAGGACCACUGUCCAGGUGGUAGGAAAUAAAAGAAAAAGUUGUCACUGCCCCACAACUCUGGGCUAGAGAACACCCCCUCCACCUCCGUCUGCUGGUCACACUGAGUGUAGCAGUGAGUGUGUUUUGUUCAAAAUGAGAUGCCUUGAAAGUCUCAACUUGAAGGAAAAGCGCCUAUAAAACCCACUGAGCUACUGUGUGCUCAGUUAAGGAGCAGACCACUCCAAGAAGAGGCUUUUGAUAAUGGCUUGAAAAUGGACUAGAAUAGGAAAUAGAUCUGUGCCAGAUGAUCCUUCCUGGAACAUAGUGCCAGUGUUUCUACGGGGCACCAGAGAUGCUAAAUGUGUAAUACUUAGGAAUAGGGGAUUCCACUGGAAAUUUUUUUAGGCGUAUAAUGCUUAAAGAAAAGCCACAACCAACUGGUGAAGGCUCCAAGAAAGAGGGUCAGAUCAACUCUUGGUUCUUAAGAUGGCAGUGUUGUGGAGAAGUGAUUCUUUUUUUUUUUUUAAUGCCCCGGCAAAGGCUACAUCUGGCACUUUAGA